CCCAUUUAAUAAUUCAUUUGUUAUUUCCCCUUCCUCUUUCUUCCAUUUCCAUUUCCAUUUCCACCCAAUCCAGCCAAUAAUACCGAAACCGGAAACUUCCCCCGACCCGACCCUGAGCUCGAGCGGAGGACAACGACGACAACAAAAGGAGAGAAGCAAUGAACGAUACUCCCAACGGCGGAGCUCCGGACAGAGCCGAGGCGGAACGCCUCCUAGGAGUCGCCGAGAAGCUCCUCCAGUCGCGCGAUUUCACCGGGAGCAAGGAUUUCGCCGUCCUAGCUCAGGAGACCGAUCCCCUCCUCGACGGCUCCGAUCAGAUCUUGGCCAUCGCCGACGUCCUCCUCUCUUCGGACAAGAAGAUCAGCGACAACCACCACCACGACUGGUACUCAAUUCUCCAGCUGGAUCCCUCCGCCGGCACCGACGACUUCGACCUCAUCAAGAAGCAGUACCGCCGCCUCGCCCUCCUCCUCCACCCGGACAAGAACAAAUUCCCCUUCGCCGAUCAAGCCUUCAAGCUCGUCGCCGACGCGUGGGCCGUCCUCUCCGAUUCCUCUAAGAAAUCCCCCUUCGAUCGCGACUUCUUCAGCUUGUACACCAAGGUCGAUUUGUCCAGCGCCGGCAACAAAAUGCCCGUCCGGAGGAGCCAGCGGUCGGCUAGCAAGAACAAUUAUCCAGGUGACGGUAGCAAUAACAACAGCGCUCCAACUGCCGUCAAUUCCAAUAGUAAUAGUAGCUCCGGGGACAUGAAUCAUAGUAGUAGUCGGAGGUCGAGCAGAGUGGCCUCGUUUUGGACGCUUUGCCCCUACUGUUACAUAAUGUACGAGUACCCUAGGGUUUAUGAGGAUUGCUGUUUGAGAUGCCAGAAAUGCGAGAGAGCUUUCCACGCUGCUUUGAUACAUUCCUUGCCGCCUAUGGUGCCAGGCAAGGAAUCGUAUUACUGCUCGUGGGGGGUUUUCCCUCUGGGAUUUAUGCUUGGAAAUGGAGACAAAAGUUCUGCUUCGGACGCUGCUGCUGCUUCUGGUUCUGCAUUUGUUAAUUGGAUGCCACCAAUGUUCGGCGGAGGAGGGCAGCAGCAGCAGCAGCAGUUUAGUGAUAGAAAUGGUGUCCCUCCUCCUCCGCCGCCAGCUGCUGCUACCACAUUUCCAGUGGUAACACCUGCUGUGCCACAGUCGACAGUGCCGCCAUCCCUGCCCGUGCAAGGGAGUUCAUCUGGAGUGGCACCAAGGAAACGAGGCAGGCCGAGAAAAUAUCCGCUGCCAGGGCAAACGUAAACGUCGGGCAACGAACUAUGUUAUCCUCCUGUGCAUCAAAGAGUGACUGAUGGAGAGUGGUUAUGGAGUGGUAGUUGUUUGUAGGAGCUGCCUGCUGCUCUUACUCUCACUCUCAGUAUGGGGGGGAUGGAUGCAUAGGAAUGAGGAGGUAGUGUUGUAGCAUUUUUUGUUUUUACCUCUCUUGGUUCUCUCAGGUUUAUGUGGUUUAGGGUUUUCUUAGAUCUAUCCUUUGUGAUGACUGACUGCUUCAUUGUUCAUAAUGAAUUGUGCAACAUUUGCAAACAGGCAGCACUGUAAUUGGGGCAAAUGUUUUCCUUCGACGGAUUGAAGCAAAUGUCAUUUGUUGGGGUGAACUAGUUUUAUGUUAUCGAUGACUUAUUUCUGUUUCCAACAAUCGUUUGCAUUUUUUGUCCAAGUAUGUGCUGAGCGAUCUGCAGGCCCCGAACUGGAUUUUCGUUGACAAUCCUGUAUUCUUCGGAGAUGGAUGUUCUAUAGCAGAACUACAACGAUUUGAAUUAGAAGCUACAACGAACUCGAACGUUAUGUAUAAGUAGAACUGCCUGCUUACUUGGCUAUGCUCUGCUCAUUAAGCUUCUAACAUUUCUAAAGCUGUUUUGAGGUUUGUGAAGUUGAGAUUUUGACUGAACAGCGGCAAGUUGUUAACUUUGGUCAGCAGCAGCAAGUUGUUAACGCUUGGCAAUCCUUUGCCUUAAUAAUAAAGCGCCUUUCUACUGUUGGGUUUAUUUCAAGCAUCUGCGAUAUAGUGUGACUGACUCCGAAUCCCACUAGGAUUUGUGGAGCAGAGAAAAGGGAUCUGGAAAGGCAUAUAUGUAGCCGUAGGAGAACAUAUCCGCAACCUUUCCUCGGCUCUGAAGUCAGUAACUUGUUGUCUAUGGCGCUGCUUAGCAGCGAUAGGGAUGACUUUGGGAUGCAGUACAUAGGGGUUGAGGCUUACGCUACAUAUUCGAGCUUUCAAAGCAUCCGAUGAUCCACAGCCAUCCAAUGCACAGGGUGGUAAUAAAAUGCUAACAGAAAUUGAUCUCAAGGAAUCGGAUGCCGAGACAGUUAUGAACCAAGGAAUGCCAGCAGCACAAUCAAAAUACCAGAAAGUUAUUGGAUAAACUGGUCCUCGAUUCUCAAUAAUGUUAAGAUGACAAA